AUGACAGACCGCAAGGCAGCUCCAAAGCUGGCCAUAGACAUAGACAUUAAUAAUAACUUGGGUCCAUCAGAAAACUCGGCUGCCAUAUCCACUACAAAUCAGCCUAGUCAAGCCCAAACUGAUAUUGAAACUCGCCAUCACGAUAUCGUUACAUUCACUGCUGACCUUAGCCGUCACAUCUGUCGCAUUCUCAACAAAAGUGAUGCUCUUGAUAGCAGUCAGUUCGACUGUAUCCAAUACGUAAAUCAAAUCUUUCCUGAUGAGCAAAGUCUUGUACAUGCAGACAAGGUGCUGGAAAAACUGCAGAAGCAGAUUCAUCAUUUAGAUAACGAGAUGAAAGCUUUGGUGAGGUAUCAAACCGACGCUAGUCAGCAAUCCCGACAAGAGCUGGAGGAAGUUAAACUGGCUAUACAGCAUCUGGUCGCAAGAAUCAAGACUAUAAAAUCAAAGGCCACUGAGGCUGAAGAUAUGGUUCUUGAGAUCACUCACGAUAUCAAAUCACUGGACCAGGCUAAGCACAACUUGACUCGCACAAUCACCGUAUUCAAGCGACUCCAAAUGCUUGUCAAUGCAUUGGACCAGCUCAAAGGAGUAGCAAAUCGUAAACAGUAUCGCGAAACUGCUCAUCUUCUUCAGAUAACCAAACUUCUCAUGGACAAGUUCAAGGCAUACAAGAAUGUUAAACAGGUCGCUUCAGUAUGUGAAACUGGAAUCUUGCUUGAAACGGACAUUAAACGAACCAUCUUUAACGAAUUCGAAUCUAGCUUUGCUGGUGGGACGUUUAAAAUGCAAGUACAGGUUCUCAAUGAUGCAUGUCUUGUCAUUGAUACUUUUGGUUCUGAUUCUCGGACUCAACUUAUUGACUGGUACUGUGAGGCUCAAUUAAAAGAUUACCGCGGUAUAUUUCGCUCAAACCCAGAGGUGGCUGGAUUGAAUGAUAUAUCACGCCGGUAUGCGUGGUUGAAGCGUGCACUCAAAACACAUGAUGAUCAGCAUGCAAAUCUAUUUAUACCAGAAUGGGGAGUGGCUGAAUGCUUUACAGUAAAGUUUUGCAGCGACACUUGCAAAGACUUGGCCGAUGUGUUGGCCAAAUCGGAUAAAGAUGACACUUUGGAUACGGUGAUGAUGUUGCAGGCGCUACAAACCACAAUGGAGUUUGAGAGUAAAUUGGAUAAGCGAUUCACGCAUAAAAGCUAUACCGAGGCGAUUCGUAAUGAAAAUGAACUUGCGCCUUGUACAUCCAAGUUUUACAAAAUCAUAGCAGUUUGUUUUGAACCGUAUCUCUGGCAUUAUAUUGACUUGGAAGACAAAUUACUUUCAGAAAAGUUUGACGUGUUCAAGUCACAGCCCUUUAUUGCAGACGACGAAUUGGUCUUUACAUCAUCCACUGAUUUGUUUUUGGUGUAUCGUCAAACACUAUUAAACGGAGCUCGUCUAUCUACACGUAAACCAUUUCUAGAUCUAUGCAAAAUGUUUGGCAAGUGGCUAAAUAAUUACAAUGAUUUGCUAAUGAGCAGACUUCCCAAGCGAAUUCCUAUUGAUGAUGAUUUGCGUAAUACGUGUUUGGUGGUAAACACGGCCGAUUACUGUGCUUCUACAACUGCUCAGCUAGAGGAAAAACUUAUUGAAAAAAUUGAUUCAGAUAUGAAAGGUUUGCUAAGCCUUUCUGCCGAAAAAGACUCUUUUUUUGGGUGCUCAGCAGCAGCAAUUCAAUGGUUAGUCAAACUAGUAGAAAAUGCAAAUGAAUCUGCAUUACAAUCCAUGACAAGACGCCAAUGGAACACACUGUCUUCGGUUGGUGACCAAUCUGAGCACAUCACCCAGAUUGCUGUAACGCUUUCUGCUGCUAUUAAAAUCAUUCGCAAGACAAUAACUAGUUCCAAGUAUUUUCGAUCGUUUUGUGACAAAUUUGUGGACUCGUUCACCAAAAAGUAUCUGUCGACAAUUUACAAGUGUCGACCACUGUCUGAAAUUGGUGCAGAACAGAUGCUGCUUGACACGCAUUCAUUGAAGAAUAUCAUGAUAGAGAUGUCGACUCUGGGUGCAGAUCCACCAGCACAGGCACCUGCAGCAUAUAUAAAAAUUCUUGGAAGAGGAAUUGCAAGCAUUGAACAGCUGCUAAAAGUUGUGCUUAGGCCUCAAGAUCCACCCGAUGCGAUUGUCGAUACGUAUAAUCUUUUGUAUCAAGAUUACAACGUGACGAAUUUCCAGAAAAUUUUGGAACUCAAGGGUCUUCGGAGAGCAGAGAUACAGCCAAUAAUCGAGAUGUUUCAAAUCAAGGUGCCCGCUAAAACAAAUGCUAUUUCAUCACCUUUGCCAGAGCUUACCAAGGCUGCCGUGGGCAACUUUAAACCAGAUUUCCGUAAGUUCAUGAACAACAUGAACCUGAAACGUAUUUAA